CUCGUUGUGAAGUGUACUUACGAAUCUUACGUAAACAAUAUUGUUUGCAUUUCAAGAUAAAGAAUUUUUAGCAAAGUGGAUAGUUAAUAUUCAUCUAAAUAAAAACUGAUAAGGAAAGGCAUUAGUCACGCUUAUUUUCCAUAUUCGGAGGUCAUUGCAUUAAUAAAGGAAAUUCGUAAGAAGAUUUAAUGUAAGAGUCUUUGUGGGUAUGUAAAUAAAUAUACACGAUGGACGAGGAGUUAAAAAUGGCUACGUUGAAAGCAGGAGAGGUUUAUAACACGGGAGCAUUAUAUCGCUCUCAUUCAGUCCCAGAGAAUAUUUCUGGCGAUCAUGCUUCAAAACAAUCAUUCAAUGUUAUCAAAGACUUUAUUUCAAACUUCGGUCAGUGGCGAGCUAACAAGCAGAGGAGAAAAUUGGUGAGCAAACACAGCAUUCCUGAAAGUGAUAGCGUGGAAUUUGACUUACAUGAUGUGAAGCGAGUCAAAGAUGGACACAAACGGCUUGAAGGCGGUGGACAUGUGUUUGUAGCACAUUCAGAUCAUUACAUAACAUGGUGUGAUUUAUGUGGUGAAACUAUAUGGGGUUUUGUCAAGAGAGGAGUACGUUGUCAGAGUAAGUACAGCUAGCUACAGCGUUUGUAAAAUAUUUUAUACAUCCUGCUUUAUAAAUAUUAACUCAUUAAACCACAAUGUACCCUACGUUAUUUUCACUAUUAUUAUUUUAACAAUGCCAAAUGAAAUUACCAUUUAUGGAAACGUUUUGGCCAUUAUUAAUAAGGGGUUAACAUAUUUGACUUGUAAUUAUUUAAAAGUAUAUGUAUGCUGUAGCAUGCAUACAUUAUUAAGAUAAAGAUGCUUGAUAAGUGAACACAGCUUAAAAUUAUAAUAUACACUGAAUAGAAGCAACUGUACGCCCAACACAACUCAAUUGAUGAUAUACAAUGUAACGAGUUUUAAUUUUCACUGUAAUAUGCUAGACAAGUGUAUGAUAUCAUGCAGAGUCUUAUGGUUAACGGGUUAAUUAUUAUCUUGAACGGUCUGGUGAAUUAUGAUAGCUGUAUUGUGUUAUUGAACUCCUGCUAGUUAAUCACUUCCUUUCUUGUUCCACGUCAUAUCUCUUCAAGCAAAUUUUACCUCGAACAAAUUUUACUUGCCAAUAUGUCAAAGUAACCAAGUUAAUGACCCUCUGUAUAGUAUUAGACAUGUGAUUAACAGCAUUAAAUGCAAUGAAUGCAUUAUUUGCCACUGAAGUUAUCAACAAGAGACAGGGGCAAAUAUUCUACAAAUAAAUUUUACUUCCUAACCAAUUUAACCUACUAAGUUGCAUUGUCUCCUAAUGCACCCUAGUUUAUUAUUUUACUCUAACUAAUUAAUGCUAGACGAUUUUACUUAAUUGUCAAGGGGAGAGAGCUAGCUCUCUAUGGAUUAAUCAAACUAUCUUCCCAUGGAUCUAGUAAACCCAUUAAGUUGUGCCCUAAUGUGCACUAGUUUAUUAUUUUACUCUAAUGCCAGACGAUUUUACUUGUCAAGGGGAGAGGGCUAGCUCUCUAUGGAUGAAUCAAACUAUCUUCCCAUGGAUCUAGUUAACCCAUUAAGUUGUGCCCUAAUAUGCACUAGUUUAUUAUUUUACUCUAAUGCCAGAUGAUUUUACUUGUCAAGGGGAGAGAGCUAGCUCCCUAUGGAUGAAUCAAACUAUCUUCCCAUGGAUCUAGUUAACCCAUUAAGUUGUGCCCUAAUGUGCACUAGUUUAUUAUUUUACUCUAAUGCCAGACGAUUUUACUUGUCAAGGGUGUAGCUCUCUAUGGAUUAAUCAAACUAUCUUCCCAUGGAUCUAGUUAACCCAUUAAGUUGUGCCCUAAUGUGCACUAGUUUAUUAUUUUACUCUAAUGCCAGACGAUUUUACUUGUCAAGGGGAGAGAGCUAGCUCUCUAUGGAUGAAUCAAACUAUCUUCCCAUGGAUCUAGUUAACCCAUUAAGUUGUGCCCUAAUGUGCACUAGUUUAUUAUUUUACUCUAAUGCCAGACGAUUUUACUUGUCAAGGGUGUAGCUCUCUAUGGAUUAAUCAAACUAUCUUCCCAUGGAUCUAGUUAACCCAUUAAGUUGUGCCCUAAUGUGCACUAGUUUAUUAUUUUACUCUAAUGCCAGACGAUUUUACUUGUCAAGGGGAGAGAGCUAGCUCUCUAUGGAUUAAUCAAACUAUCUUCCCAUGGAUCUAGUUAACCCAUUAAGUUGUGCUCUAAUGUGCACUAGUUUAUUAUUUUACUCUAAUGCCAGAUGAGUUUACUUGUCAAUGGAAGAGAGCUAGCUCCCUAUGGAUGAAUCAAACUAUCUUCCCAUGGAUCUAGAUUAUUCUGCAUGCCAUGAUGAAUAACAAAUAAUUACUCAGGGGCAGAACAGUGGUGUUAUUGGGGCUAUGCAUGGCCCCCGGCAAUAAGUUGAAAAGCAACUAAGACAAUAGUUGAAAAUGCGACGAAUACUGGUGUGCAAGGUUUUCAAAAAUGUUAAACCCUUUGAAAAUUAUUGCACUCUCCCCCUCCCCUCCCCCUCCUCUGUUGACAAAUAUUUGGGAAUUUUUACAUGAAAAGUUUUUUUAGGCAAAAAAAUUUUAGGCAAAAAAGUCAGACAAAUGUCUUUCUGCCCCCUAAUUUCCCCCCGGAUAAUAUAUAAUUUAUCAAGAUAAUUUAUAUGCCUACUGUAUGUGUAAGUACAUGUUGAAAGGACUAGAACAUAUUGACUCAAGCUGUUCAUCUUUGAAUUCAGGAUGUAAAUACACAUGUCAUCUGCGGUGUAAGGAUGAAGUAUUACUGGAGUGUGAUGGAGGACUCAUUCGAGAUGCCAAAGAAAUGAGUAGAGAGGAGAUCACUUUGAAAACUCUGGAAAUAUUAAGUCAGGUACAGUGGGACUAUGUAGAUGUACAGGUUUCUUGAUACUUGUGUAAAAUCCUCACAUACCCAACACCACUGGAAUUGCAAGGGUUGAUUCACAAGGUCAACUCCUGCUGGAGGACCUGUAAGUUGCAUUUUUCACAACUACAAAAGGUUACAGUUUUCUUUCAACGUUGACACAGAUGCGCGGCAUGUCUCCUUUGUGUUCCCAAAUUGGAGAUGGGUGGUCUUGCAUGAUGGUCAUUGUCAAAUUUGUGUUCUGCAUCACUAAUGCUAUAACAAUGAGAAAAAUAAAAAUAUUCUGCUUAAAACAAUUUUUCUUACAACUCCUAGCUGAACUCCCAUUUGAUAAUAGUUGUAAACCAAACAGUAUUUAAGAGCUUUUAUGUGUGUAGAGGUUUUUCCUCUACACACAAAAUUUUGUUGCUUUCUUUGUGUUUAGGCACCGCUCAUUAUUUAUUGUACAGGGGGGGAUUGAGGAGAAACUGGGGGGGGGGCUUUAAAUUUUUUUAAACCUGAAAGGGGGCUUUUAAAAAAUACAGAGAGACGAAAGAAGGGGGGCUUUGAAAAGAUUUACUAGUUUGAAAAAACAUUAGUAAUUUUAAAAAUGUAUCACAAAACAACUUAACAACAAAUAACAAUGUUUAUAGACCUUUAAUAUUAAUAUCAUAAAUGGAAGCCAAAUAAAUAAAAAAAUAAAUAGUCUCUUAUGUUCAUGCAAAUAGACAAUUCCCAUUAUAGACUAUUUUAAAACUAGGCGAAGAGAUGCAAAUGAAUCACCACAGCUAGAAAGAGCAUACUAAAAUGAGUAAAAUUGCAAAGUUUGGUUGCGAAAUGUUCUAAAAUAUGGAAAAUAUAACCUUGCAAAAUUUGCAAAUUUGGUAUACAAAGGUAUUGCAUGCGGAAAUUGCUACCGGCCGCAAGCAAUACAAAAGUAUACAAAAUUUGCAAACUUUGGAAGGCUAUAUUUUCCACAUUUUACAACUUUUCAUAACCAAAAUUUUCUAUUUUACUAAUUUUACUAUGCUCUUUCCGGGAAUAUAAUUUUUUUGUUAAGAUAAAAAUUAGUCUAUAAUGGGAAUUAAUUUUGUCUAUUAGUCCCAAUUAUCUAUUUUUGUUUCUCUAAUUAAGAGCUAGAGUCAGGGGGGGCACCAAAAUUUAUGUUCUUGUUUUGCCUGUUUGAGGGGGCUUUGAAAAUUCUACUUGUCUUAAUAGGGGGGCAACAAAAAAUAUUAAAACUGUAGAGUUUCUCCUCAGUCCCCCUCCUGUGCAAUAAAUAAUCAGCAGUAGAAGGAAGACAUUUUGUUCGGAGGUGAAUGGUGCAAGGAUAUUGGGAGCUGAGCAAGCAAUCAAAUUGUGUGAAAAGCACUCUGCACCUUCUGAGUAUUUGCAAAGUAAAAAUACACAUAUGAAUCAUGUUCUCUCUAUUAUCUUUAGGGAAAUGUGAAGAAAAAUGCACCAGCAGUUUUACCCAGUGAUUUGUCACCCAACUGUUUGCUUGCAAUGGUUGAAGAGUUUAACAAAACCAGUCAUGGCUUAAUUAUGACACUGGUAUGUAUAUAUCUGCCAAAUUCCUUGUUCAAUCCAAUUUUCAUAAUAUGCCUAUUAGUAUUUUGCUAGUUUUGGAGCUUUGAAUGAUCAUUGAUGGGACUCUGACAAUCUCUGCAACCUUAAUAUUACAAGCUUAGAAUCUAAAAUCCUGCCUUCUAGACCCUUCCUGUUUCCCUCGAAUAUUGCUGCCUGUGUGAUUAUAUGUGCCCUGACUUGGUCAACAGUCACAGCUCACACCUUGACCAGCACCCUGUCAACACUCCAUCCCCUGCCAGAUGAAGAUCUUAGACAUGUGGAUUUGUCAUGCACUAAAACAAUGUGUUGGAAGUAGUAUCUUGCAACUGCAUCAAUGAAUUUUAUUUUUAUUUGUCUGUUGGAAGCAUGUAAAGAUGUCAGUGAUAAGUUAUGAAUCAAUGUCAAUCCACAGAUAAACAGUUUUGUAUUUCAAUGAUCUGAAGUAUUUAUUACCCAGUUCUAGAGUUGCAAUCGUUUUCAUUCAUACCAUUAUACGAAGUGAUUAACAUAAUUGUGUAAUAAGACCUGUGCUGUUUAGUGCUGCAAAUAGUUAUUUACGAUCUGCCGGUCAAACGGCCUAUCCUGCAGAUCAUAUAUUACAAGUACAUCAUUAUCCAUACAAAAAAAAGGUGGUCAGGGUUUGUAUGUUACCGGCCAUUGACCGUUGACCGGCCGUUAUUUGCAGCGCUGCUGUUUACUGUAUGUAAAUUUUAGUUAAAAACAAAUUUUAUUGUAAUAUAAUAUAUUGUCUUCCUCGUUCUUCAGAAUCUGCACCCUCAUAUUAACUUUGUUUUAACAAGAAAUAUAACAAUACGCAUUUUAUUCUUUCGUUUUUAAAAAAACGAAAAGAAUCCAGCUUGCUAGUCUUUUUAAAUAUCGCGAAUUUAUAAUAAUUACGUAAUUAUUUCCACCAUAGUGAUUACGUAAUUAAUAAAUAACGCGAAUUUAUAAUAACUUCGUAUCAUGAUAAGAAGAUAGACAAGAAAAACGGACGCGUAUUCUAUAGUCGCUGCCAUUAGAUAUUAUUAUGUUUUCAGAGUUACAACUCAACCAACGAUGUCAUCUUCCAAGGUUUUAUACGCGUUGCAAUGAAUCUUUUACGUCCAAUCAAUAUCGUUGCUGGUGAAAGACCGUUAUCUAUUUUUGAAACAGUGUCUUGGAGAAGGGAGGGUAGUUCAACUUCAUCGAAGGUGAGACACAUUUCGUCAGACGCACGCUGUAGACUUCCUCCAAGUCCCUAUUUCUUUGACCCAAUUCGUAACGUGAUCCCAUUUCCCUUAAAACGAGCAGCUAUGUCGAAACAGAUCACAGAAAUGAAACAAGCACCUCGAUAUUAGUAAAAUUGCAAAGUUGCAGUAUGAAACAAAUUCUAAAAAAUACAAAACAAUGGACACUCCCGAAAACAGUUAACAUUUUUAAUUUGAAACGUCGAAUUAAAAAUGUUAACUGUUUUUGGAGUGUCCAUUGUUUUGUAUUUUUUGGAACAAUUCGAUUUAUCAAGAUUGAAAAUGUUCUUAGGAUUUAUAAAGUUUGAGAUUUGACUUCCAAAACCGCCACCUUUAAUUAAGGUGCUAUUAACCAAUCAGAUGCGUACUCAGGCAGUGAGAUCUGUACCUCUCUAAUGCUCUUUGACCUCUAGUUCAACCACCACAAGUGAAGGUGGUAGCUCCACAAUGACCACAAACAUUUAACCCUACGCAUGCUACAUACAUAAGGCAACAUCGUCUAAACUAUCACUCACAAAUAUUUUAUGACUGCUAUUUAGUAUAUAUUAAACUACAAUGUAACUCUUUAUAUAGCGAACAAAAACGUCAUUUUUCCUUCCUCCGAACACAAUGAAAGCUCUUCAUAUCACCAGUGACACCACAGCACAGCAAGUAAGUUGAUAGUCAUCCAAUUACUACAAUUUAGUCGUCGAUUCAAUAAAUCAAAAUGUUAUUCGGAGUUACUGUUCUAUUUUAUUAAAAUACUGAAUGGCUCCCGUAAUUAUUCACACUCGAGGUGUACUUAGUGUUUAAGAUAAAGUACAUAAAGGACAGUUUAUAAAACGUAUUCAUUCCGCAACAUGAAACUUCGAGUUCGAACAAGAAGAGCACAAUAGCGUACUGUCCUGUUUAUUGCUUCCCAAUGGCCUCGUUUCCAUGCAAUUAUUUCGUCAUGGUUCGUGCAUAAUAGGGUUAAGGAUAGGCCUGGGAUUGAGCACAAGAACAAAGAGAAACAUAAUUGUGGUGAAAUACUGCCAUGCUAAAACAGGCAAAGAUUAGAAUGAGGCCAUUGGGGCAAAAGUGCAGUGAACGGUAAAGUCUAUUGACUCCAACUUUGCUUAGUCCCAUCUCAUGCCAGUCAGAUGUUGGGAUCCAACCGUAGGUAACCGCGUUACCUGCAAGUGCCUGAGCUAACUGCAAACCUGGGUUAGAAGAUCUUGUACACACUAGUAUAGUAGAAAAUGUCCCAGUAUCUUUUUGCAAUAUUUGCCGACCAGAUUUAAUAGGUGUCUCUUUCCUACAACAUUCUCUGUACUACAGUAGUUUCAAACUUUGUGUGGUUUGACUAUUUUCCUGUUCUGUGGAAUUAUUUAUCAAAUCUGAAACUUGUGAGUUGUGUUUCCUAUUGUCAAAAGUGACUUUCUCAAUAUUGACUUUCACAACUCCCAAGCUACACCAAACCUGCUCCGGCUGCUCGCUUCUCUCGCAGGGCUAACUGCAACUUAUCUUUGGUUACCUGCAAAAAAGUAAAUAUGUUGGCAUCAUCUCAUUCCCUCCCAUCAGUCCAAUCGUGUUUCAUGCCAAGACAUCUACAGAUACAUAUAGUUACUUCCAGUACAGAUCUACAGAUCUACGACAUCUACAGAUACAUAUAGUUACUUACAGUACAGAUCUACAGAUCUACGACAUCUACAGAUACAUAUACUUACUUACAGUACAGAUCUACAGAUCUACGACAUCUACAGAUACAUAUAGCUACUUACAGUUAUUACGAUGUUAAAUACCUUGAAAUGUUUGUUGGUUAUAUUAUACCAGCAAAACGUGAGUACGGCAAGAGCGUAACUAUAGGACGUGGGCUGAAAAGAAGAACCAGACCGUAAUAUUAGAGAGGUUCAGAUCUGACUUUCACUACUGCUACCACUAAGGGACAUUAACCAAUCAGAUGCGUUUGAUAUAUCCGAUUAACCAAUCAGAUGCGUACUAAGCCAGUGAAUGGUGGCGGUAGUGGAACUCAUGUCUGAACCUCUCUAAUGGCGUACCUCCGGUACGGUAGUAUGUGAAUUAUCGCACCCUGUGAAAUUGUAUCCAUUUGCUAGCGCAGUGAGGCAUUAGUAUCGUCUACUCCUAGAAAUCCACAAUACUAUGUUACGUCAUUUCAUUGUCUAGGUGAUAGUUGCUCUUCUUAAAAAAUACAAGAUCUCAGAUCAUCCCAGGAAGUUUGCUCUUUACGAAAGAUAUCAAGAUGACGAUAAUGGUAAGGAUUUAAACCUCGCGGGCAAACGACGAUAAGAGUUGAUGAGAGUUGACAGUCGCGCAUUGUAUGGGGGACAUUUCAUGAUCUAGAUUAACAAAAUCUAUGUUUGAUGAGUGUUCCAACUAUGUUUUAACUUCAAUAAAAUACAUGAUAGUGUUGGGAAAGCAUUAAGAACAGCUCACCAAGGUCGCGUGACUGCCAAAUCUCAUCCUCGUUUGAUCCGGGCUUAUCAAUACGUCAUACCAACUUCUUCCCUCCCUACCACCCUCCAGAGUGCGACGGGCAAAAGACACUGGUACACAAUAUUCAUGAUCCAACCGAAUAACCCAAUAUUGUUGACUGCAUGUAUCCUUCCAUGACAAGUCACUUUGACUAUAAACUCUCAAAGUUAUGAUUCAGUGCGCCCUGAUGCACCCUACAGUACUUUAUUUUUUUAUUCUGUUCAACGCCAGACGAUUGUACUCGUCAAGGGGAGAGGCUGCCGCUCAGUGGGUGAAGUUACAGUAAUAGACUUAUCAAUAAAUUAUUGUACGAUAUAUUUCAAAAUUUGAAAUAUCUUUUAGUGUUUGAAAUUUUGGGUUAUAUUUUCAAUGUUUUCAACUUUUAUCUCCUCCCGUUCUUCUGAAAUCUUGAGUUUCAAGAUACCUGUAGGUGUAUGUUUUUAAAUAAAAAUGUUGAAAAAGUCAAUAUUUGCUUUCCCGCAGUAACACUGCGUAGGAUUGCUGAUGAAGAAAGACCAUUGGUGUUACGUUUGAUAUGGGGAGGGGCGGACAGAAGUCACUCAUUUUGUUUACAAGAAAAUGAAACUGGUGAUAUCAUGGUAGGUUACUGAUAAUAGUUCUCUUUAAAAACUAAUCUGGAACAGCAAGUGCCAGUGUACAAUCAGUGAGAAAACACUUUGGACAGAAUAGCAAUACUAUUUAGAAAUACGUUUCAGCAUAGUAACACCAUCCCUCCCUACCCCACCCUAAACAAUGUUGGCUCUUUAGCAAGCAACAUUUUGCGCACGUUUCUAAAAACCGAACAUUGUUUUGGGUGGGGGAGGUAGGGAUGGUGUUACUAUGCUGAAUUUCGAAAUGUGCAGUUAUCUACACACAGUAUACUCAUUUUGUUACUGUAGUACAUCACAGUCCAAAAGCUUUUUGUCACUGAGUGUAGGUAGUGACGAGAACAAGAACACUGCGUGGAUUGAGAGAGAUGCAACUAUUGAACUAUAAAUAACUGGAAGGCUAACUCCUAUGCGCGCGGGAAAAUCAGCUUUCAAAAGGACUAAGGAGAGUUUUGAGGAGUGAAAAAAAUUCGGUCAAAAGUUUGUUUUCGAGCAAAAAUUUGCAAGAAAAACACUUUUUCCAUGGGAAUACAACAAUUAUUGGGAUUCAAGCCAGGUUUUCCGAUUAGUUCCAACAGUUUUACAUCUCUCUGCAGCAAAAAGUAAGUUUGCUUUUGUAUUUUGAAAAAAUGACGAAAGUUUGGACGUGCCGAAGGAAAACUCGCUCUUCAACUCAAAAAAAUAUACUAUACUGUAAAACAUUUUGACAGUCCCAAAACUUAUGUUGUACUAAACCCCAAGUAUUGUUAUUGAUCCUGAGCUUUUAGUCCUUGUUUUAUUCCUUCUAAAACAUAAAUAAAUUGGCGUUUUUCAAAUGAUGUUAUUUUCGUCAUCGCUCUUCUUGUUGGCCACUAUGAGCACUUUGAAUAUGGCAAUAUUUUUGUCAAUUUUCAAAUGCUUUUUUUUUCCGACCUUAAAACGUUCAAUCUUCUUGAAACUUCGCAUUCAGAUGUAUUUUGCAUGGGUUUAAAUAAUUCCUGAGGUAUGACGUCUUAGUUUUAUCUUAAACUUUCAAAAACUCAGAAAAAGCAGCCUAAAACGCGCGGUUUUUCUGACCGUUCAUGCUUAUGGUCGUGUUUUUUCGUAUUUUUUUUGCUAAUUCGUGAUUUGUUUGCUUUGCGAAUAUUAAAUUCGUUUAUCAUACUACUGAUAUAAAAAAAUUAACUACUAAUAUUUUGGGGCAUGAGAUUUUGCUCGUCGGAAAAUGCUCGUCGGAAAAACUCGGUAUUUGUCGUAUUUUACGAAUCUGCCACGUGUUUUACGACCACCGGUACGCUCACGAUGACACGAAAUUAGAGCAAUAUGAAAGUUGCAUGCCAUAUAUGGCAUACAACAAAAACUAAACCUAAUUGACUUUUUAUUCAAUCGUAAAAAAAUAUUGUUUGCUUAAAUAAAACUUAACACAAAAAAGGUUAGUUUGCUAAAAGAGCUAAACGAAAACUAAAAUGAAAUUCAGAUUUGAAUGUUACUAGGCAAUUUUAUUUUUCACCCUAUAUCGUUCAACCAUGUAAAUCGUGGCAAUGCUCAGUCCGAAAGCUUGAUUAAAAUUAAAGUUUUUAUACUAUAAUGAAUACAUAAACCAGAACAAAAAUAAGAUGAGAUUCUCGACUCAAACUAUAGAACUAAAGGAAAACUAAAAUUAUAUUUAUGAUUUUUGUAAGACUAAACUAAAACUAAAUUCAAAGCACCGUACUAAAAUAAUACUAUACUGUACAGCACGAGCGAGAAAAGAAUACAAAUAAUUACAGCGUAAAAAAAUAGAGUGUGUGUCCACACCCAGCAAUGCCUCAGUGUAUGUACACUGUGUGAACCCAAUUUCUUUAUCGUAAGCAUUUUUUUUCGUUUUAGUGGGAGGCAUUCUCCAUACCGGAACUACAAAAUUUUAUUAAGAUCUUGGAAAUGGAGGAAAAAGAGUAUGUUAAACGGGUAAGUAUUUCUUUAAACAAUGCUUUUGUUUUAUUACAAACCUACAAACAAACAAACAAAGCUCUCAUUUACAGUAGCUCUUCGUGUAUGUUUGCAAUCAAUACAUUUUCUAUGGCGAUCAAUAGAAACAUUUUUAGUUGGACAAGAACCGCGUACACACGUAAAAAUCUCACAUCUUAUCAACAAGAUGUGUUUGCAACAGGCUUGCCAACAAUUUGUAGCAAUGUUGUCAAGCUGCUUCAAUCGUUGUAGUGUGUUGAGCUCAACAACCUUGUAGCAAGUUGCCAACAAGCCGUUGACAACUUGUCAACAAGCUGGGAACAAGCAAUGCUAACACAUCCUGAUGACAAGUUGUUGGAACAACAUUGCUACAAGUCAGCUGCAGGUUUGUUACAACUUGUGCUGAGUUGAGUUGUGCGUGUAUAUCACAAACACAGAGUAUGAUUACGGAGUUCAGCAUUGUUCUCAAUGUUUUUGCUAUGGCGUGCAUAAUAGUAUGGUUCUAGCAAGCUAAUACAUUUAUGGUUCUAUAAAUGUAUUUCUGUUUGUUCAGUCAGUUAUUCACCAUGGAGUACGGUAUACGCAGUACAAUGGCCAAGUUCACACCGAUGCGGGAAAGUGUGAUUUCAAAUUUUUAGUACAGCAGAGUUUCUAACACAAACGUAUCUUUGUUAGGUGUUGACGAAAUAUCGCGUUUAUCGUGAUCAGCUUGAGGAAGCAAUGGCUGAACGGAAGCCAAAGCCAACCGCAAGUUAGUGGACAGAACGGUUAAGAAGACAUUAAGAGUGUAGAAAGGUAAAUACCAUAACAUUAUUAUACCCAAAAAUACGCAGACGACAUCUCGUGCUCAGACCAGUCACUUGGUUGCGCGUAAGAAAACCAGUAGGUGAAUUUACAUAAGAAAUAGUUCCAUUUAUACCCUACCAAUACUGUCAUAGUUGAAAGAUUGUUGUUACAGCUUUGUCACACAGUUUUUCAGCCAUCGUUAAAACCUCAAAGUCUCUCAGAAAUUAUUGGAGGCGGUACCCCCUUGCCUCCCCCUCCGUAUCUUGAAGCUCUUUGAGUCGUUUGGGACUUCUUUUGGCAGUUUUACAGGGGGAUUUUUUAGCCUCCGCCGCAGACGUCCACAUUUAAUUUUUUUUAUAUUACCGUCUAUGUCUCUUAGGCUAAUUUGUGCAUUCACAGAGUCUUUACACCUUGCAUGUGAAAUGCAGUAUGGCGGAUUUAUUAGAGUAUCAGUCGUGGACUCAAGCUAUAUCAAUUAAUAUAGGUUACACCCAGCAUAGGACGAUCUUGUAAGCCUAUAUAGCAAACAGUGGUAAAGCUAGCCAUGGCAACUGGUCAUGCUAUGCUACUAAACCUGCAUGUAAAUACAAUACAUUUCUAAAGUUUGAAUGAUGCAAAUCAUUAAAAAUUUGCAUAGCAUGACCUAUUUCUUUGACUAGCUUCGCCAUUUGUGGCAACUAUACUUUAUUAAAACGAUUGCAUGUUACGCUAGUGGUUAUAUAUAAAUACUACGUGCUAGUUUCUCGUUGGCUUAAACAUGCCGGAAAAGUGGGAAUCCGGCGUUUUUCCAAAUUUCCGUCGUCACUACUACCAAUGCAGUCAUAGUGGAAACGAUUUCUUUGAUGAAAUCUAUUCGGGUUUUGCAGUAUGACGUAUCAUCAAAAAUAAUCUGCUAUUUUGGGUGGCAAAACCCUUUUAUUCAAUCGACUACUACACAGCUGUGGAGCAUUCUUUAAAGUUCUCAAACAAAAGCAACAGUCGCAGUCAGUGUCACAGUCUUGCUUUGACCUCAUGUUUUUUUUUAAUUGACUAUUUUUAAUUUGCCACCCAAAAUGGGGGCACCAAAUACGUGUUGUGACGUCACUUGCAAAGGCCCAUUACGUUUCUUGUGCUAUAUGUUUGUAGGCCAGCGAGAGUCUACCACAAAUUCAACCUCGCAAGCAAGGGCCUCCACACCCGCGGCGGGACGGAGACCCUUGUAAAAGCUGGUCACGUGACCUCCCAGAUUCUGGGAG